AUGAUAUUAUGUAAUUUAAACAUAUCUGACCAUAUAUUCUUUUAUAUUUUCAGGUCUAUAGGUUCGAUAUUGGGAGGGGUCCCGUCCCUGAAAAAACUUCAGGGAGCCAGUAAUGAUGAUUGGGUAGACAGAUUGAACCAUGUUUGGACGGUGUUCCUCUUCGCUCUAUUCGCCAUUGUGGUCAGUACGGGACAGUUCGUGGGAGAUCCGAUCCAUUGUUGGUGCCCAGCUGAGUUCACAGGUGCAUAUGUCGACUAUGCCAAGUCUUACUGUUGGAUUAAAAAUACUUACUUUAUCCCCAUGCAAGAUUCCAUACCGACGGAUAUCAAUGUACGGGAAGAUGAAGAGAUCACCUACUAUCAGUGGGUGCCUCUGAUUCUACUCUUUCAAGCCUUUAUGUUUAAAUUCCCCAAUAUCAUGUGGAGAGUUUUUAAUGGCGGUUCUGGUAUAAAUUUAGAUAAGGUUGUAGAAAUGGCUGAGAAGACUCAGAUGGGAUCACCCGAUGAACGUAAAACAACAAUUGAACACAUCGCUAAAUAUUUAGAUAGAUGGUUAGAUACACACAGAGAGUACAAAUGGAACAUCUUAGUCCGAGCUAAACAAACCAUGGCAAAAUUCUGCUGUUUUUUCUGCAAUAAGCGAGCUGGAACCUAUCUCACUGCCUUCUACCUGUCAAUCAAAGUUUUAUAUGUUGUUAAUGUAAUUGGUCAAUUCUUUUUGUUGAAUGCAUUUUUGGCUACAGAUUACAACCUGUAUGGUUUUGAGGUUGCUAAGAUGCUCUCUGAAGAGGGUCAAUGGAAAGAAUCGCCGAGAUUUCCCAGAGUAACGCUCUGUGAUUUCCGCAUUCGUCAAUUACAGAAUAUCCAACGUUGGACCGUGCAGUGCGUUUUACCGAUCAACCUGUUUAAUGAGAAGAUUUUUAUAGUCAUCUGGUUCUGGCUGGUGAUCGUCUCUACACUCAGCUGCAUCAACAUGGUAGCCUGGUUCUACCGAGUUCUACUUAAACGCAACAGAGGAGCAUACAUCAAAAAAUUUCUGAAAAUUAACAACGAAUUACACACAGCCCAAGACAAGAAAGACUGUGUUAAAUUUGCAGAUCAACAUUUGAGAGAUGAUGGUGUUUUUGUGUUGAGGGUUAUAGCUAAGAACUCUACUGACCUCGUUGUCACAGAUUUGGUCCACGUUAUGUUUGAUUUAUAUAAAAAACAUCAAAAACCACGCCGAGAGCCCAAUGAAUAUGAUCCAGAGUUCCCCAAUGAAAAAGAAGCUCUAGCAAACGAUAAUUAACAUUUAUAUAAAUGAGUAAACAUUUUAAAACUUUGUACGAAACUUUUUUUAGUUGAGCCCAAAGUCAAAUAACAUUUAACGAACAAGUUUUACGAGUAGACUCGAUCAUACUGCUGAAUUUUUAUGUCAAUGUUUAAAGUAGACAAUUGGUGUCUGGAAGAUCGAAAGAAUUCAACUAAUAUUUUGUGUUUGUUUGGAUUCUAUUUUUAGCAGAAUAUUUGGAGCAUAGUUUGCUGAAGUGAAGAUUAUGUGGUCCAGGCAAUCACGGUUUUGUUUAUUUUGGCUGGAAGAUUUUUCGCAGUAUACUAACAAUGGUAAUGUUCUGUAUGAAGUGUUUACCUGGCUAUGUCUCUAAAUUCCAAUCACCAUUUAAAGAGGGUUUAUUUGAUAUGCUCAUAGAUAAAUUAAGUCAUUUCCAUUAUUUCGUUUCGUAAUAUUGACGAGCCAUUCUUAUAAAGAGGCUCAAUAAUCAAAAUAUUGUUUUUCCAUAGCUCAACUAUUUUAUAAGCUGCAUAUGUAAAUUAAGCACAAACUGGCAAUCGUAUAAUAAGAUUCAUAUCUAUGCCAGGAACUGGCAAUUUUGUAAGAAUGAGUUACAAACAGAAUACAAUAUAAUUGAAUAAGCACACUUCUUUUAUAAAUUAAAUACAUCACGUUUAAACAAAAUUUACAACGUGUUUGUGAUUUUUGAAUAUCGUUCAAGUCUUAU